AUGUCAUUUGGUCGUACAAAUGCUCCUGCAAUUUUCAUGGAUCAAAUGAAUCGCUCUUUCCACGAGUACUUGGAUAUUUGUGUGGUCGUGUUUAUCGAUGAUAUUCUCGUUUACUCUAAGGAUGAGAAGGAGCAUGAGAAGCAUUUGAGAUUAGUGUUGGAUGUUCUGCGAAAGCAAAAGUGGUUCGCAAAGCUGUCUAAGUGCGAGUUCUGGCUGAAGGAAGUUGCUUUUCUAGGGCAUGUAAUCAACAAGGAAGGAGUUAAGAUGGAUCACGCUAAGAUCAAGGUUGUUUUCGAGUGGGAGAGUCCUAAGAAUGUGACCGAGGUUCGGAGCUUUCUGGGUCUGGCUGGCUAUUAUAGGAGCUUCGUUCAAGAUUUCUCCAAUAUAGCUGAACCUCUGACUCGCUUGAUGCGCAAGAACUGCAAGUUCGUCUGGACUGAGGAUUGUGAAGGGGCAUUUCUGAAGUUGAAAAAGAGUUUGACCUCUGCUCCUGUUCUUACUUUGCCAUCUAAGGGUGUUGGGUAUGAAGUGUUCAUUGAUGCAUUAAAGAAUGGUAUGGGUUGUGUUUUGAUGCAAUAA